AUGAGCAUUUCCACGGAAGAAUCAUCCAGAUCAUCAGAAGUAAUAGCUCGAAUAUAUUCUAAACGUGGAAAAGAUUUCAUUGCAACUCUUGAAAAGGUAUUACAGGCAGUUGCAUCCGAUAAGAUUGUAAGGCAAAUGCUUUCUAGUCAAACAUCAGGUCAAUUUAUUACAAAAAGAUUGGAAGAAUUGUUUUAUCAGAUAAUAACAGAUGAUCGUGAACUAUUUAUUUCCAAAAUAAUGGAAAAACUUCAAGCUUAUGAAAACGUUUAUCGCGAAGAAUAUGGCGAAAUGAUCAAAGUCUUAGGAAAUCGCAUACUAUCUGUCUCAGAUGCACAAAAUUCUGGUGCUUUGUCUAGAAUGAGACACAUUCAGACUUUAAUUACACAAAUUAACGAACUACAAGAAGAAGUAUCUUCACUUCGCCAAGCAAAUGCCGAAUAUGAGGCUACAAUUAAGGAAUUGAAGAAGACUCGCCGACUUGUACUCUUCCAUGAUUUGAUAGAAGACGACUCUAAUCAUAUUUAUGCUGAAAUCGAUAUUACUCAAUUAAGCCAAAAAGUAGGUGAAAUGCAGAAAGAUUCUGCAAAUGCUGCAGCUCAGAUUCAAAAUCUUAAAACAGAAUUUCAUAAAAUGCUCGCAAAAGCAUCACAAUCAUCACGCGAUACAAUUUAUACACUAAAGCAACAGAUCGAAGACAUGCAAAGUCAAUACUUUGCUGAAAAUGCAAAAUACGAAUCAAUUCAAAAGAAAUACGACUCUCAUGUUCCAAGACUUCAGAAGGAGCUUCAAAAUCAAGUCAAUGAGAACGAAAGUUUAGCAAAUAAGCUUUCAGCUAGGGUUAAAGAAAUUAAAGAUUUGAAAUCUAAAAACAUGAAAGCAUUAUCAGUCAUUGAUCAAAUGAAACGAGAGCAUGAUCAAUUAAAUGAAGAUCUUCAAGAACAAAUUCAAGGAAAUAAAGAUCUUAUUAAAAACAAUACUUCUUUGGAUGAUGAACUCAACAAAAUCAAGAAAGAAUUAUUAAAGUCUCAAAAACAAUCAAAGAAAUUACAAGAACAACUCAAUGAUCAACAGCAUGAAAAUGAUGAACAUAAAUCUUCAAUUGCAGAAUUGGAAAGCCAAUUGAAGCAGUUAAAUAAUAAGAACAAAUCUCUUACAAAAGAUCUUGAACAACAGAAAUCACAAAAUGAAGAUCUCACACAUCAUUUAGACGAAAAAACCAAAGAAUGUAAUGAAACAACUGAAAAACUUAAUAAUCAAACAAAUACCAAUCGUGAUCUUUCAACUAAACUGAAGAACUUAACACAAGAAGGCAACGAACAAAAAGAGAAAAUCAAUGAUUUACAGAACAAAUUAGAUAAAAAGACAGAAGAGAAUAACAACUUAUCUCAAAAACUUAACCAAAAAUCUCAAGAGUUAGAACAAACUAAGUCAAAUGGCGAUGAUCUAAAGCAACAACUCGAAGAUAAUAUCAAAGAAGAAAAGCAGAAAUCUGAUAAGCUUCAGAAGAACUUAAAUGAUCAAGAAAUUGUUAUUUCAGACCAGAAAGAUAAAAUCAAAGAACUUUCUUCCAAUUUAGAAAACACAAAUAACCAAUUAACACAAUUAAAGAACGAUUCCAAGCAGCAGAUUUCAUCAAUAACAGAUAAAAAUGCUAAGUUACAAGAUGAACUUGAACAACUUAAGAAGAAUCUCCAACAAAAGACACAGAUCAAUGAAAAUCUUCAAAAGACUCUCGCCGAUACACAAAAAGAAUUCAAUGAAACCAAGUGGAGAGUUGAAGAACUCGAAGAAGAAAUUAACGAGAAGAAUAAGAAGAUUGAAGAAGCGAAAUCAUCAAUGGCAACAAUGCUUCUUGAUAAAGAAGUCGAUAAGAAUGAAUCACAGAAAUUACAAGGAACACUUGCAAAGAUGACACAGCAAAAUGAAGACUUAUCAAAUGAAUUGAGAAAACAAAAGAAGACAAAUGAUAGAUUGAAUGAACAAAUUGAACAACUUUCAAAUCAACUCAACACAAUGAGAAACGACGCAUCCAAUCUUACUCAAGCAGUUGAAGAUGCAAAUGACAAACUGUUGAAAACAAAUUCCGCAAACAAGCAAUUACAAGCACAAAUGUCUCAUCUUUCUAAUGCAGCAGCUGAUUUAUCUUCAAUUUUAUCUGCACUUUCAGCAGGAAACAUUAAAGAUGCAUUAAAUGAAGUGAAUGAUAUGAAGAAGGCUUCAAGUUUGCUCAGAAGCAUUUGCAGUUUAAUUAACAUCGACCCACGAGAUGACGAUGCUUUGAAUAGAGCAACAGAAAUUGCUCAUAAACUUUCAAGUAUUGCUCAAAUAGAAAAAAUGCUAAAUACUGAUGAUGCUGUGAGAGCCGUGAAGAUUUUAUGGCAAGAAGCUGAUCAGAUUGCAAAGAUGACCGGAGCUUUAGCAGGUCAAUCCAUUGUUCAGUCAGUUCAAAAGCUUAUAGAUGAUUAUGAAUUAGCUAAGGAGUUCAUCAAGGAUGUUAUUAUCUCACUCUCAUCUUCAAUCACACCUUCAAAGAUUGAAAUUCCUCUUAGUGAUGCAAAAGCAAAUGCUGUUUUACAAAGCAUCAAAUCUCUUGUUAAUCAAUCAGAAGAAGACAGGCAUAAUAUUGAAACUCUACUUACUAAAGCACGCAGCGUUGGAUAUGAUGGAACUGAUUGCUUGGAAGCAGCAAUUUUCAUUGCAAAACUCAAAGGAGAACAAGAAAAACAGAGUUUGCUGGAAAUGAUGAAGCAACAAAUAGAUGAUCUCAAAGAGCAUCUAAGAAUGGAAGAAGAUGUUCAUAAGAGCGAUGUUGAUAAGAAGAACAAAGCAAUCAACGAGCUGAAGAAGACUGUCAUCCAAUUAACAGAGAAGAAUGUUAAAGAGAGAGAUGAAUCUCAGAAACAAAUUCAAGAUCUCGAAACAGAAAUAUCAAAUCUUAAGGAACAAAUCAAAAUCGAAAAAGAUUUAAGAAGAGAAAUUGGAAGAAUCGGACAAGGUAUCACUGCAGAUAAAGCUAUACUUAAAUCAAAACUUUCAGCUCAAGAAUUCCGCUUUAUCGAAUUCAUUGAAGGAGUUAUGAAGAAAGAAAAAGAAUCACGCGAAAUUGCAGAGAAGAUGAAGAAGGCAAGACAAGAAAACCUUCAAGUAUAA